AUGGAAUUAUUUAAUAACAUGCCUCGAAAGAACCUUAAAAUCGCAGCAAGUUCAACGUACUCAGUUUUCAGAUUAAGAAUCGGAGGUGCAGGGCCCAGCUUCUGCCUGUCGGGCCUGUUCGGGCUCUCGGUGCAGGAUCUCAACGACCUGCUCUCGGAUGGCAGAGGCUGCUACAGCCUCCCAAGCCAGCCCUGCAACGAGGUUACCCCCAGGAUCUAUAUGGGCAGUGCAUCUGUGGCUCAAGACAUCCCCAGCCUACAGAAAGUGGGCAUCACCCACGUCCUGAAUGUGGCUGAGGGCAGGCCCUUCAUGCACGUCAAUACCAAUGCCAACUUCUACAAGGACUCUGGCAUCAUAUACCUGGGCAUCAAGGCCAACGACGCACAGGAGUUCCUCAGCACCUACUUUGAAAAGGCGGCGGACUUCAUCGACCAGGCCCUGGCUCAGAAGAACGGCCAAGUGCUCGUCCACUGCUGUGAGAGUUACAGCCGCUCCCCAACUCUUGUCAUCGCGCAUCUUGUGGUGAGUCAGAAGAUGGAUGUCAAGUCUGCCCUGAGCACCGUUAGGAAGAACUGUGAGAUCGGUCCCAAGGAUGGUUUCCUGGCCCAGCUCUGCCAGGUCAAUGACAGACUAGUCAAGGAGGGGAAAUUGAAACUCUAA